UCCAACUUCCAACAACGUCGGAAUAGUUCUGAUUUUUCAUUGGUACAGAAAGUUUCCACGUUGCCCUGCUUUCAAGUUUUACCAUAAUGUUCCGAGCAAACCAAAAAAUGAAGCAAACGACCUCCACACUCACAAUCUCACAAUUCUCACUUCGAAGCCUUUCGAACUCUCUACCCGCAUGGGUGCCCAGAACUCGAUCCUUCUCCCUCUUCAAGAGCUCUCAUCAGUUGAUGUUGCAGAGUAUGUAAAGGAUUUGAGAAGUACUGGCCCUAUGCAGAUGCCAUCAAAACAGGUGGCAUCAAUGGAGCAUUCCUGGCUGACUUCCUUAACCAAGGAGACCUUUGAAGAGACUUUGGACUCUCUUGAGGUCAACAACCGUCUUCACAGAAGGAAGCUUGAACGAGUUCUCUCCAAGACUUUGUCUGAUCAAAAGGAUCAGUACUCAAAGUUUGGUUGCCUUACAGACACUGAAUGUUCUCUUUUCUCUUUUGACUUGGAUGACAGCAGCUCGACACGUCUUUCUUCCCGGACUACUUCCAGAAUGUCUGAUACUCAAAUUCGCCUCCAAGCUGACAACAGGACAACAUCCAACACUUCCAUCGUGUCAUCUGAUUCUUCGCAGCGCCGAUCCACCCAUUCCGAACGGGGGCAUCGCAAGACCACUCCUGACAUCCCCACUGACAUGGCGAUGCAGUCAACCUCCAGCACUUCCGCGGCUUCUUCUCAGCGCGGAUCCACCCAUUCCAGAAGGGGGCAUCGCAAGACCACUUUAGAUGUCUCCAUUGAGAUGGUGAUGCAGUGUGCAUUGGUUGCAAAGGAGAUUGAUGAUCUUGAUUCAACUUCACCUCCAAUGCUUGUCCCUGCUGUGCUCACCGCUGCCCUUGCAGUACAAGCUGAAGAGAAUCACAACCUCCAGCAAGAAAUCCUGGAGCUUGAAACAGAGCGUGAGAUUCACAGUCCACCUGAAGGUAUGGUAGCAAUUGUCUUGACAGACAUUGAAGGCAGCACCAGCCUGUGGGAAUCAAAUCCACAAGCCAUGAAGGAAGCACCUUCCAUGCAUGACACCAUCCAGCGCGAAACAAGGGAGAAACACCUUGGUUAUGAGAUUGAUACUGGCAUGCGUUGUUAAAACUGUGCACCAUGCUGCUGUGUGAUCCAUGUAACAUCCUCUGAAGCUCCGACGCAGAAAUUCGCUGCUGAGACGUCGCCUUCCGAUGAUGCUCGACACGGCCAAGGAAAGAUCUCCCGCGGAUGUUUCCGGUGGUGUGGUCCAGAAAAGUUCCAUUCCAAGCCCCCAGAAAGGUCAGUCAGAACUCCGUGCGUACUAAACCUGUCCGGUCAGAUAGGCAACGGAGUCAGAGUAUCAGUCAUGACACAGUUGGUUGGUUUGGAAAUCCCACUCACCGCUGAAAAAAAGACCCACUACACGAAAGAUUUGAACACUCAUAUCCACUUACACGUACAUACAUAAUUUAUAAUAAUAAUAAUAAUCAU